GGGCGAAGGGAGGAGCAAGAGAGGGAGGGGGACGGCUUUUCCCGGAUUGUUCGUGCCUCGGAUUUUCUUUACUUGUGGUCUGGUCUGGUCGCGGAGUCCCUGCCGCCAGUUUGAGCCUAGUCCCUUGUAAAAAAGGAAAGUAUCUCCAGUGGAGAGCCGUCAGAAAUCAGAGGGGUUGCGAGACGGUAGCUAUAUACCCUUAUGCCAGGCAAUGGUACAGCCCUGAGCUGGUCCCGAAACCAGCCAGAAGUGUCUGAGAGAGGCCCCAGAGGGGGCAGGAAGGUGGUCCGCAGAACUGGGGCUCUGUGAAGAGACGUGGGGAAGAUUCGAUUCCGAGAAGAGGAAGAGCCCGAGUGAAAGGGUGUGAGGCCGCUGAGGAGGAGGGGGCUGCCAAGAUGGCGUCGGCCUCCUCUGGGCCGUCGGCUGUCGGAUUUUCAACUUUGGAUCCCGGGGUCUCGGGGCCGACUUCUGUUUUUUGAGACAGAACCUCACUAUGUAACCCAGGCUGGUCUCAAAACUCAUAGUGAUCCUGCUGCCUCAGCCUCCCAAGUGCUGGGCUUAUAGCAGCGGCAACUGGAAUCAAAAGAUCUAUGGCAUCUGAGACGCCUUAUGCCACUGGCAUGACUAUCAAGAAGAUAGGACACCGAAGUGUUGAUCCUUCAGGAGAGACAACAUACAAAAAGACGACAUCAUCAGCUUUGAAAGGUGCCAUUCAGUUAGGCAUUACUCACACUGUGGGGAGUUUGAGUACCAAACCAGAGCGGGAUGUCCUCAUGCAAGAUUUCUACGUGGUGGAGAGUAUUUUCUUUCCUAGUGAAGGGAGCAACUUGACACCUGCUCAUCACUAUAAUGACUUCCGGUUCAAGACCUAUGCACCUGUUGCCUUCCGCUACUUUCGGGAGCUGUUUGGUAUCCGGCCUGAUGAUUACUUGUAUUCCCUCUGCAAUGAGCCACUGAUUGAACUCUGCAACUCUGGAGCUAGCGGUUCUCUUUUCUACGUGUCCAGUGAUGAUGAGUUCAUCAUCAAGACAGUGCAGCAUAAAGAAGCGGAGUUUCUACAGAAGCUGCUUCCUGGGUACUACAUGAACCUCAACCAAAACCCUCGCACUUUGCUGCCUAAAUUCUAUGGACUGUACUGUGUGCAGGCAGGUGGCAAGAAUAUUCGGAUUGUAGUGAUGAACAAUCUCUUACCACGGUCAGUCAAGAUGCAUAUCAAAUAUGACCUCAAGGGUUCCACCUACAAACGGCGUGCUUCUCAGAAAGAGCGAGAGAAGCCUCUGCCGACCUUUAAAGACCUGGACUUCCUACAAGAUAUGCCUGAUGGUCUUUUCUUGGAUGCUGACAUGUACAAUGCUUUGUGUAAGACCCUUCAGCGUGACUGUUUGGUGCUUCAAAGCUUCAAGAUAAUGGACUAUAGUCUCUUGAUGUCAAUCCACAACAUAGAUCACGCACAACGAGAGCCCUUAAACAAUGAAACACAAUACACAGUUGAUACGCGUAGACCAACCUCCCAGAAGGCACUGUAUUCCACAGCCAUGGAAUCCAUCCAAGGCGAGGCUCGACGUGGUGGCACCAUGGAGACUGAUGACCACAUGGGUGGCAUCCCUGCACGCAAUAGUAAAGGGGAAAGGCUCCUGCUUUAUGUUGGCAUCAUUGAUAUUCUGCAGUCGUACAGGUUUGUUAAGAAGUUGGAGCACUCUUGGAAAGCACUGGUACAUGAUGGGGACACUGUAUCAGUGCAUCGUCCAGGCUUCUAUGCUGAACGAUUCCAGCGCUUCAUGUGCAACACAGUGUUCAAGAAGAUCCCCCUGAAGCCCUCUCCUUCCAAAAAGUUUCGGUCUGGUUCAUCUUUCUCUCGGCGAGCAGGCUCCAGCGGCAACUCCUGCAUUACUUACCAGCCCUCGGUCUCUGGGGAGCACAGAGCACAAGUGACAACAAAGGCCGAAGUGGAGCCAGAAGUCCACCUUGGGCGUCCAGAUGUUUUACCCCAGACUCUACCUGUGGAGGAGGUCAGAGAGGACUUACUUGUUUCUGACCCUAGUUUCUCACAUGUAGUUGGAGAGACUUUGCAAGUACUAAAUACCAGUUCAGCCUUGGAAAAGCUUGAAAUUACAGAAGAGGAGUUCCCCCACUGAGCAACAAACCUCAGAAGACCUGAAACAAGAUCCUACUGUCUCUGUGAUAUCAAAAUGUCAGCCUUUGCCCAGGAAUGCUGUUUUCUUAUUGGUCAUCAAAAACAAACAAAAAAGGAGUUUAAUGUGGAGCUCGGGGAGUUUUCCAUCUCCUUCAUGAAGAAGAAGUUGUUCUUCCCCAUCUUCUGAGUGGGCAUUAGUGCCUUGGACAGUUAAGGAUGCAGUAGCCUUCCACUCCAGAGUCAGCUGGUACAGGCCAGCCUUGGCUUCCAAAGUUGAAUUUCUUCAGACUCCCAUUGUUGUGCUGGAAUUGGAGUUGUUGGACUUCGUGGUUUUCCUUCCUUUGUGCAUCUUUCACCAGGAGCUGGACUCUUCAUUUCCUCAGGACAGACUGGCUGGCACACGAUCCCCUACCUUCGUCUUUCUGUUUUCUAGAGGAAGACCCCUAGAAUUGUUGUAAAGGGUUUUGGGGGAAUAAGGGUAUUUAACUAUCUCCAUCCGUCUCCUUUUUUCUUUAUAAAGGAUGAGAACAAAGAGCACACAGCACAAUUUCAAGCCAGUUUAGAUCAGAACUCCAAAAGUCAGUAAUAACCUGCCUGUGAAGUUCCUACAGAUGAGGCCGGAGUUUGUGAAGCAGAAACGUGACAAUUCUUCUGCCAGCAGCAGCCUCUUUUCAAGAAUCUCAUGAAAUUCUUAAGGCUGAAGGGAUGAGAAGAAAGGGACAUUGAGUCAUCUUUGCCCCUUUUGUUAAAACGGUGGGGCUGCUAUGGGCUAGGAAAUUAGAGGCGUCCUUAGGCAGGACCCCACUCACUGCCAGGCCAUAAUGUUUACUAAUACUUGGUAGUUUGAAAUGUAUUUUAGUCAUUUUUCUAAAUAAGAAGAUUUAUCAAAUGGAUUGGAGACCAUUCUUCAAAGGAGACUGCUUAUUCUUCCAAUCUUUCCAAACAGUGUUCUGCUAUCUGUGGAGCUGAGAUGGACAGCGAUACCUGUGUCUGUUGAACAGGCAGUCAGGCAAGAGAAGGUUCUCUUCAGCUCAAGGGAGCCAGCAGACCGUUGCCUUGAUGACGUCAGGGCUGUGCCCACGCCCUGCUCCUGCUCUUUCAGUGCAGGGAAUUUGGAGUGGGGGCUGUAAACCGUCUCUUCCCCAUCUCUGAAUUGUGGAUGUCUGAGCAGUCUGCUCUUGUCAGGGAAGAAGGCUGCUUGGUGUCUGAGGCAGAUUGUCGAAGUUCUACAGUCUUCUUCACCCCACCCUACCAUGGCAGUAGGUUAGCCUUGUACCCCAAGCAUCUGUCUAUAUUAGACACCCCCGGCCAGUUUCUGGCUCCCUGUCUUUGCUGCCAUGUUCUUUUUUACAAGAAGAAAAGCAACAAUUCUUGCUAUUUUGUUUUUCAUAAUUUACUAUUUAUGAUGUAUUUAAGUGUUUUAUUCAGGACAGAGUUCUGUAAGGGGUGGGAAGGAUAUUUGAGGGGGAGGGUCUUAGGGAAAGGAAUGGGGAUGCAGCAUUUUUAUGAAGUGUUACUAUUUGCCUCUACUUUGUAUUGUUCAGAAAUGGCAAAUGCAAUUUAAAAGUAAUAAAUAACUGGUUUUAAUGUA